AUGAGUAUAAAGGGCAAGUUAUUUUUAUCAUAAAAAGUUGACUUAGGGUAUAAGUCUUAUGAAGACAGUAUACAUCCUGCUACCACUAUAGCUGAAACUGGUAGUGAUUUUUAAUUUGAAAGUAAAAUCUAAUAGAGUACUAAUAAAUCUAUUUAAAUGAAACCUAAUUCAUUACAUUCAAUUCGAAAUACCUUUUGAUGGUAAUAUAAUUAUUGUUAUAUAGAGGUUAAAAAUGAAGAAAGGAAGAAAUAUAAAGAUAAUUAAAUUGGACCCAAAAUAUGAGGAUGAUAAAAAAGAUAAGGGUGUAAAAUGAUCUAUUGUUGGUAAAACUGAGCAAUUCUUGGCAGUCAGAAAUAAGAAUAGAUAGAGAGUUGUAAUAAAAUAAAGAAAAUAAGAAAGAGAUGAUUCAUUUUCUGAUGAUGUUCCAUCUAUUAAACCUUAAGUCUUAUAACAAUCUUAAUCAUAAAUGUCUGGAAUGGGUUAAUCAAGGAAAACUCCAAAGCAACCUAGAGGGGAAUUUAAAAUAUUACCAAGAUAAGAUGCAUUAGUUAAAUUAGUUGAAGCUAAACCCAGAAUUGAAACUGAUAAAAUAGAUAACAUUAAACAAGAACUCAAACUUCCUCUUCAUAUUAGAUAUACUAUUACAAGAGAUGGAAGAAUUUUUGAAUCAUUUGAUUAAUUGAAAGAGAAAUGGAAAUCUGUUAAUAAUUAAAUUGUAUCAAAUUGUGAAAGAUCUCCUACUGAAACUAUAUUAAUUAGAUCAGAUAAUUAUAGAGAGAUAGAAAUAUUAAAUUAAAUAUUAUUGAAUCUUGGAAAAAUGAAGAUGAAAAAAUAAUGA